AUAGGGAAUGCGUUCUAUAGUUCCGCAAAUGCAUAGGAACGUUGUCUAUAUAACGUGUUUCCCCCGGAGCAAUAUCAUAGGCGGACCUUAUAAAUUCAGGUGUUGAUAUUUUCUUGUGUAGAAGCUCUUUAGCGAAAUAACUAUUUAUUUCAAUGUAACUUUCGUAUUGUAGUGUGUGAAAUACAGUUAAUUAUUGAAACAAGUUAUAUUUGUAUAGUUUGUUGCUAGACUUUUUUGUUUCCCGAAAUCCACGUGUCUCACCACAGAACAAUAUUUGUCUCAUUGUGCAGUAGGACAUGGAUAGGAACAACAUUUCCUUGCUCUGCUAUGUUGCAACGUGUACACCCGGGGCGUCGUCAUUACGCCGAUUCUGUUGUAAAACAUUUCUUAAAUAGAAUGAAACGAGGCGGGACCAACCUUCAUUUGUCCAAUAGAAACUCUCGUUUUAGUUGCUAAACGUUCUGCAACUGUUUGGACUAAUGAUUACACCCCUGCUAGGUAGCUAUCAACGAGCAGCAAUGUUGCUCUGUUAUUAGCCAGCGUCAAGCCAAAGCUUUGCCAAUGUAAUAAGAACAUUGGCACGGCAUUUCACUUUCAGUAACCAAAGUCGUAAUGUGAUAUUUCGAGGAAGAAUAUGACAAGAACACCAGUUGGACAUCAAAAUAAUCCGACUGCAAAGGAGGGAGCCAGGAAUAAUGAAGAGGUUCGAUUGUAGAAUCACGACGACAUUCUCUGUUUUAUGAGGAGCUACUGUCAGAAUCUGGGGAAUAGCAUAACUGGAUUUUUCUGUGAAAUCUUGAAGCUGUUGUCAUUUGCAACCUCGAAAAUGAUGUAUUCAUCAAGAAGGAAACCAGUCCUCUAUUUCAAAGAAGACCGAAGAUUCUGGUCUGGGAAAUGCACAGUCUACAAACUAUUUGGUCUGUGUGUGGUGCUGGUACUGGUCUCCCUCCUAUGGCUCCAACUCAGCUGUACAGGAGACAUGAGCCGGGUUGUAGUGGAUGACGGACGCAUCCCCCAUCAGCCUUGUCCGCUGGAGAGACAGGCAUCCGUUGCGGACGACCCUUCCUGGGGUCCUCACAAGCUGGCCCUCCUGAUACCUUUCAGGGAGAGGUUUGAGGAGCUGCUGGUGUUUGUCCCCUUCAUGCACACCUUCUUGAACAACAAGAAAAUACUGCAUAAGAUCUUUGUAAUUAACCAGAUGGAUCACUAUCGGUUCAACAGAGCCUCUCUCAUUAACGUUGGUUACACGGAGAGUGGUAACGACACUGAUUACAUCGCCAUGCAUGAUGUGGACUUGUUACCUCUGAAUGAAGCUCUGGACUAUGGUUUCCCAGAGGAGGGCCCGUUCCACGUGGCCUCACCAGAGCUGCACCCCCUGUAUCACUACAAGACAUACGUGGGAGGAAUCCUGCUGCUCACCAAACAGCAUUAUCACAUGUGCAACGGCAUGUCCAACCGGUUCUGGGGAUGGGGGAGAGAAGACGAUGAAUUCUACAGGAGACUAAGAACUGCUGGAUUACAGCUCUUCAGGCCCAGUGGGAUAAAAACAGGGUAUAAAACCUUUGGCCACAUCCAUGACCCUGCCUGGAGGAAGAGAGACCAGAAGAGAGUGGCUGCACAGAAACAGGAACAAUUCAAGGUUGACCCUGAGGGCGGGUUGACUAACUUGCAGUACAAGGUGGAGUCGAGACAGGAGCUGACUAUUAGUGGAGCCCCUGUCACUGUCCUCAACACCAAACUGGAGUGUGACACAGACAAGACUCCCUGGUGUCUGCUGAACUAAUAGGACCCCAAUGAUAGACCCAUGCUGCCUCUCACCUGGGUUAUGUUCAUUAUCCACCAAACGGAAUAAAACAGACUAAAACAGGGUGGGACUACCUGAGCUUCUCCAAUAAGAAACACUUGUUUUUGUGUGCCCUAAUGAAUGUGACCCUGGCGCUACAGAGGGGUGAUGUUUCCCCUGCUUGAAGUGUCUGGAAGACAUGGAUAAAAAAAAUAAAAAAAUGUAGAUUAUUAUUUUAUUUUUUUCUAAAAGAAACGCAUCGGAAGACAUCUUUUGGCUGACCCAGAGAAGAGGCUUUGGCCUUUGACCCCAGCAACGCCUUCCCGCAUUGGAGAGAUGGAAUGUAUUUAUAUUGAACUAACUAUAUGAUGUCAUCCUUUAGAACUGUGUCUAACUUGCAUUCAGAACUGUGAGUGACUGGAUCUGUGAGUGACUGGAUCUGUGAGUGACUGGAUCCGUGAGUGACUGGAUCCGUGAGUGACUGGAUCCGUGAGUGACUGGAUCCGUGAGUGACUGGUUCUGUGAGUGACUGGAUCUCAUGCAGGCCUAACUUCAGGGGCUUUGAACUACAGACUCUUUGCCAAUAUUGACGAUACAUGAAAGGAAAGUUGUACUGAAAUAAUAAGCAAUGGCCUUUGUA